GGCGUGAAAGAAACUCAGCUGGUGCGUUUAGCCGUUAGUACCGUCUGUCUUGAGAGCUGCUUUACCAGUUCCUGAAAUUUCGAGAGAAAUGGUAGACAGGGAGAGCAGAACCAGCUCUAGCCGAAUGAAACCCAUUUGUGGGUCUAUGGAAUCUAUCCUUGCAUCGUCCCCUGAGUCUAACGAUGAAGACUCUUGUGAUUUCACAAGAAUUGAAAUGACUGAGGAUGACCCCGGUGGAAGCCAAGGUCACCUGAAACCUCGGUAUGGAAGCAGCAGCCCAAAUGAAUGGAACCCUGGCUGUAUCUCCAAGCUGGACCCAGAGGAGACGUGGUACCACCUGCCCAGGAGCAGUCCCGUCAUAUCCCGUAAGGCUCGCUUCCAAAGCAUGGAACAGCAGUCUUCGGAAGGAUCUUCUCCCGUCAGUUUGUCUUCAACACCACCGUUCCAGAACAGGCUAACGCCUGACACCCCAAACUCAUCCGGGUUCUCUAAAGGUUUUUUGAGCAUGCAAGAACUUCCAGAAGAACCAGGAGUUGAUUCCUCAGUCCCAGGGAUAUCUCAGCAGUGUCCCCAAGCUGUUCCACCAUGUACUCCAGUUGCAGCGAAGUGUUUAACUCGACAAGCAGCCGUAUCCACCGACACUGAUGAGCAAGGAAGCUUCUCAUGUGGUUCGUCAGAGUCCCAGUCCACUCUGGAGACCAGGGGUCUGUCUCUGUCUGAUGGGAUGGUUCAACAUCUCAAUGGGAGUCCACGGCCAGGGAGCAAAAACAGAGCCAGCUCAGACACCCACCUGAUCUCAGGUCCUGUGAAUGAGAAGCAAAUCUCAGAAGACUUCUACAGGAACAGUGUGGACCUCGACCAGGAGAAUGCCCACUUUGUGGUGGUGGACAUGGUGCUGGAAGUCGUGGAGGCUGUGAAAUGGACCGUGUAUCAGCAGCAGUUAAAACACACAGACGCUUCAGAAGACAGAGACUCAGACUUGCACUCCAAGAUGCGCUCUUUCUCCUCCUUUGACAGCGGUUACGAUGAUUACUGCGGGCACCGGUUCUCUUCAAACAGAAGCUCUCUGGCCUCGAAACGUAGGUCUUUAAAGGUCUCCAGGUGUUCUGCUGAAAGUCUCGCCCAGCGGCUGAUGACGGAACUCAGGAAACAGUGGGCGCUCUCAGAGAAGACCUUCAGCUGUGACGAACCGUGCCUGACUCUAGAGGAAUUUCCUCAGGACACAGUCUCCAUGGUGACCAGGGGCGGGCUGAGUGAGGAGAUCCGACAGAGGAGCAGGAUGAGAGGAACGCUAACCUGGGCUCCACCCCGAUUCCAAAUAAUCUUCAACGUGCAGCCAACACAGAGGCGCAGUGACGUUAUUGCCGCUCAGCACUUCCUCUGCGCCGGCUGCGGGACAGAAGUUGAACCUCGUUACAUAAAGAGAUUACGCUACUGCGAAUACUUGGGCAGAUAUUUCUGCGAUGGUUGCCACAGCGGCGGGGAGUCAGCGAUCCCGGGACGGGUUCUGAGUCGCUGGGAUUUCAGAUGCUACCCCGUGUGCGUCUUCUCCAAGCAGUUAUUGGACUCCAUAUGGGAGCAGCCACUAUUCAAGCUCAACGUUGUGGCUAAGAGCCUGUACGGCCAGGCCAAGGAGCUGCAGAGAUUCAGGGAGCUACAGGAGCAGCUGAUAUCAAUCAAAAAGCUGUUGAAAGCCUGCAGACUGUCCGAUGGGGUUCUUGCUGAGUUCCAGCAGCUUCCAUCUCAUCUGACUGAUGAGCUCCACCUCUUCUCCAUGGACGACCUUAUCAAAGUCAAAAGGGGUCAGCUUGUUACCACAGCGAAGGCGGUGUUUCGGUCAGCUACGUCCCAUGUAGAGGCUUGUGAGCUGUGCCAGGCCAAAGGCUUUAUCUGUGAGUUUUGUCGUGGGCAGGAUGUUCUCUUCCCCUUCCAGACCGACAUCUGCACACGCUGCCAAGACUGUAGGACGUGCUUCCACACGGCAUGUUUCCGGGAUGAGCCUUGCCCUCGGUGUGCCCGACUGCAGAUCCGAAAGAGCCUCCAGGAAGCAGCAUCCGUCUAACUCCUCCAGGAACCUCCUUCCAGGCCCUUCUUCCCAACUCCUUGUAGGCCCAACUCCCAACUCAACUACCAACACUAUAUGUACUAAAUUAUGUACGUACCAGCAUUUCUUCAGAAACCAAGGAUACUGCUAGGACGUUUGCAACAUUGCUGUGAGGAUUUGAUUGAACAUUAGUGAGGUCAGGUACUGAUGUUGAAUGGUCAGUUCUGGAUCACUCCAACUCAUCCCAAAGGUAUUCAGAGGCCCAUCGCUCCAGAGAACAGAGUUCCACUGCUCCACAGCCCAGUGCU